AUUCAUGGCCCCUGGUUUUCCCUCCCUCUUUCCAAAGCCAACUGUCUCUCUCUUUCAGCUAACCCAAGUCCCUUUGUCCCCUUCUUUUAUACCCAUUCAACCCUCUGCCCCUUUCUCCAGGAAUUCUCCUCCUUCAACAGAGCUGCCAGAUUUCACAUCGAUGUCCUCCUUUUACCACCCAUCAUUCUCCAGUACAAACUAACUUUUAUCAUCACUCCCCACUCUCUCUCCUCCCAUGUUCCCCUGCUCUGUUUUUUUGUAGUUCUAAUCCAGUUUCGUACGUUUUUCUUAAUUGGGGGGAAUUUUGGGUGUGAAUGGGGAUUGAGAUGGUGGCGCCCAAUCGCAAACGCAAUAAGGAGUUUCUGGAAUUGGCGGAGGUGACGAAUUCGAAAAGCAAGACCAGAAAGUGCCGGCGGCGUCAGCGGAAGAUGUCGCCGGUUCAGAAGCUGUACGAGACUUGCAAGGAAGUCUUUUCGUCUGGUGGGGCCGGGGUUAUACCCCCCGCUGAUGAUAUCCAACGGCUAUCCUCUGUUUUGGGUGCCCUGAAGCCUGCUGAUGUCGGCCUGACUCCUGAUUUGCCGUACUUCAAGAUGACAGUAGCUAGACAAACCCCGGCAAUAACCUACCAGCACCUUUUCCAGUGCGAAAAAUUUUCAAUGGGGAUAUUUUGCUUGCCGCCUUCCGGUGUCCUACCGCUUCAUAAUCACCCUGGAAUGACGGUUUUCAGUAAGCUUCUGUUUGGGACAAUGCACAUCAAGUCCUAUGAUUGGGUGCUUGGUGCCUCGGAGAAGACAUUGGCAAGUGCCCUGGAGGAAACGUUGGCAAGUGCCCCGGAGAAAACAUUGGAAAGUGCCCCGGAGAAAACAUUGGCAAGUGCGAAUCCUUCAUUAGUUGGUUGUUCUCUCGUUCAAGCACCGCCUGGUGUUCGUCUGGCUAAAGUUAAGGUUGACGACAAUUUCACUGCUCCUUGCGACCCUUCCAUCCUCUAUCCAGCUGAUGGAGGCAACAUGCAUUGCUUCACAGCAGUGACAGCAUGCGCAGUGCUCGAUGUGCUUGGCCCUCCAUAUUCUGAUCCUGACGGUCGGCACUGCCAAUACUACAUUGAUCACCCAUUCUCUCGUUUCCCAGAUGGGGGAGUAUCUGUGCCAGAAGAUGAGAAGGACGGCUAUGCUUGGCUUGAAGAGAUAGAGAAACCUGAGGACUUAGCUGCAGUUGUAGCCGAGUACAGAGGCCCCAGAAUACAGGAGAAUUGAUGAUCUCACCAAUCUAUAUCUCUGUCGUCAUUCCAUUUCACUUGUCCGCAUCUCCAUUCCAUUUUCCCCAUUCACCCAUCCGCAGCCGCCGCACCACAGUUCCGUCGCUUCCAUCGAUGCCAUCAGUGGCUGCUGCUCAAUUCAGUGCAGCAGUAGUAAUGCUUUUGUCUCGUUUUGUUCUUUUUUUUUUUAGCUCUAUGUUUUGUUGUUUUUUCUUCUUUUUGGUGGGACAUGAGGAGGCACUUGGUGCCUUAUUUUUUCUUCUUUCUACAGUUAAUGUACAUACCCAAAAAAAGAAAAGCAACAAAAAGAAGAGAAGGUCUCUUUGUUCCAAGCGCGCUUGAAAUUAGAGGAUGAAAGUGCAUUAGCACUCUUUUCA